AUGCUAACUGCUUCACAAGAUAUUGACAAUUUUAUCGAACGUCAAAAAUAUAAACUUAACACACCAAGUACUCGACAACCGCCUCCACCACCACCUCCUCCUCCUCCUCAGCAACCAAUGCCACAAAAUCGAGUACAAGAUCGGCUAGAUUUCAAAGUUGCUCGAAUUCUAGAUGAUCAACCACCUCGUAUUCAAUCACAACAACCUUAUUAUCCUUCUUCUCCAUCAUCGUUUCAUGAACAACAAGAAAAUUUCUUUCCUCAACAGCUACCCCCACAGCAACAACAACAACAACAAUAUUCGAAUCGUCUAUCAACGGACAAUGGUGACGAUAAUCCAGUUGCUUUCUUCAAUAAAUUUGGUACUUAUGAUGAUAAGCGUAGUCAGUUAAAAGAUGAUUUAAAACGUGAAUAUAAUGAAUAUUUACAAGCGAAAAAAAACAUUCCAAAAAGUAAAUCAACUUCACAAUUAACAGCAGCUCCUCAAAAUACCAAUAAACGUGUGCAAUUUCCACAAAAAACAGGAAAAGUUGUUGCACCAUGGGAAAAGAAUGAUAACAAAACAACAAAAACUAAUCAAAGUAUGAAUGAUUUACCAUCAGCAUCAAUAUCAAACGAAUAUACAGAGAAUCGUUCACGACAACCAAUGUCUCGUAAUUACGAUGAACAAUACAUUCGAGAUCGUGAAGAAUAUGUAUCAGAAUUACAUGGACAAAUACGAGAAUUAGAAGCAAGAAGAAAACAACUUGAAGUUGAAAGUAGUAGAUUAUCAGCCGGUGGUGCAUCCAAUUUGAAUCGUGCUCAUUAUACAGAAGAUUUAAAUGCUUUAAAUUCUUUACUUGCCGAACGAUUGGAUCAACGCAAUGCAGUCGACAGUGAACUUGCUCAUAUUCUUAAUCGUCCACCUGUUUCUGCUAGUCCAACACGUAUUAGUUCCGGUGGAAUGCCAAAUUUAAACAUGCCAAUGGAACGUCCACCUCAAGGAAACUAUCAACAACAAAAUGUACGCCAAGCACAGCCGUAUCGUAAUGACAAUCGUUCGCGUGCAAUUAAUGAUAAUUUUCAAAUUGGUCAAGAAAUCGAUAAAGACUCUGAACAAGCAGCCAAGAAACGUUAUCAACAAGAACUUCAAGCUCAAAUGCGUGAAGCACAAAUGCGCAAAGCACAAGAUAAAAAAGCUAAAGAUGAAUAUGAUCGAAAAUUAGAUGAAGAAAUUCAACGUUACAAUUAUUUUGGUCGAAGUGGUGGCGGGGGUGGUGCACCUAUGCGUGAUAAAGAUGGAAAUGUUGUAGCUAAUCUAGCUGAUGCCAGAAACCCACAACCACCAUCUCAACAACAACAGCAGCCCCAACAUCAUCAGCCGCAGCAACAACAAUAUUUUCCACCUGACAAUAAAGUGUAUUCAUUAGGUGAUGGAUUCAGUUCUAUAGGAAAUGCACCAUUUUAUAAUGGAGAACAGCAACCACAACAACAAUCUUCAGCGAAUUCGGAGCGUCCUGGUUCACCGAAUCAUGCACGAGGUGCAGUUAGUAAUGGAAUAUUUGGCGCAGCUAAAACUGAAGCGCAAUUCGUACGAGAAGAAAAAUAUAAACUAGAAUUAAAGCAACAAAUAGAAGAAAAACGUCAACGAGGAGCUGAAGAACUAGCUAGACGUCGAGCCGAAGAAGAACGUGAAAUUGCUAAACAUUUAGAAUGGCAACAACAAGUGGAAAAACAAACGGCUGACGACGCAAUACGAAAACAGGAAAAAGAACAACAAGAGCGUCAGCAUCAUCAACAAUUACAAGAAGAACUUGAACGACAGAAAAAACAAGAAGAAUCGGGUGCAAAACGAAAACCUAAACGACAAGAAAAACCAGCAACACCAAAACGAGAAGAAACUAAUCAUGAUGAUAAUCAUGGUAAUAACAAUAGACAGGAUAGCUUUCAUGAACAAGAACAAGAACAACAAUCAGAAGCUCCCUAUCGAAGUUCAUCACCUCCAAUACCUACAUUAAAAAAUAAAGGUAAAAAACAAAAAGCAACUACCAAAAAUGCUCCACGUCGACCAUCAUUGGAUGAUGAUAAUCUUCCACCACCACCACCACCACAACAACAACAACAAAAAGCUUUUAAAAACGGUCGACGACAACCACCACCUGAAGAUGAUAAUCAUCAACAACAGCAGCAGCCUCUAAAAAACGGUCGACGGCAGCCAUCAUUUGAUGAUGGCAACCAACAACAACAAGCUUUCAAAAACGUUCGACGACAACCUUCAUAUGAUGAUUUUUAUCAACAACAAUCACCAUCACCACCACCAUUACCGCCUUUACACACCAAUGAUGAUUACAUGCAACCGCCUAUUGAUGAUGCAAAUGAUAAAGGUCGGCAUACAUAUCGAAAACCACCAACACCCCGACAGCCAGAUGUUUCAUCCGCACGCAAAAAACCACCACAAACUUUUCGACCCCGACCACGAGCUGAUUCUAAUGCUGGUAUGCCAAUGCGUACGAUUUCAACAACAUCUCUUCGAUCCGAUGGUUCCGACUCUGAAGUUCUCAAUCGCCUUGAACAUUUAAAACGACAAUUAAAAGAUAAAGAAGCUCGCCUUCAAGAACAUGUUACUCUUCAUCAAAACGACAGUAAUAAUCAAUCAUCACAGAUGCAACACCAAUCAAAAUCCAGUUAUCAACCACCAGCUCAACCACCAGUACAACGAAAAUCAAGUCCACAAUUUUUAAUGAAUGCAGCACGUGUUCAUCAUCAUCGCGAUUCGCCAACAACAAACGAUAAGAUGCAUCGUCUCAUUCACACAGAUGAUGAUGUCGAAUUCAAGCCAGGUUAUUUUCGUGACGAUGCUGUUCUCAUGGGUGGUAAUCAUGGACAUAAUGAUAAUGACUAUUAUUCACCGCCGAAACGUGUUGAUUCAGGCAAUCGAAUGUUCAUGACAAAUAUUGAAAAAGAAGCUAGUCGAAGAAGAUAUGGAGCUGAUCCAACUGGUUUCUAUGAUGAAGAUGAUCCGAGUACUGUGGCAAAUUAUGAAUUAAAUAGAAUUGCCGCACAAAAUGAGCAAAGAUUAAAAAAAUUACGCGAUCUUGAGAAUGAUGAUGCAUCGUUAAUAGAUAGUAAUGAAGUAUUGGAACGUUUUCAACAAAAACAACGUAUGCAACGGGGUGGCAGCCAAACAACUCUACAAGAUGAUGCUUGGCUUAAAUAA